AAAAUCGGAUUAAUGUCACAUUGAUUGAAAGUAAUGUUGGUACACUAAAAACUUUACAAAAUUUUAUUUCUGCAGCGUCCAGUCACUCCAGUCACUGGUUACUUUGAUUAGAAGGAAGCUUAGCCAUGGAGACCACAAGCACACCUGUUGUGGCUGCUGCCGCCGGCAAAGUUUACAAAGUGCAGCAGAGUCGAGUUGGACGCGGUGUGCCAGUUAUCCAAGAUGCCUAUACGAAGAAAUGUUCUUGCUACAGAGAUAAAACUAUUGUAUUUUGCCGAGCUUGUGGCUAUUACUGCAAUGGCCGCAUACGCCUUAAGUGUGAACAGCACCCAAGGGUUACAUUCUUGCUGGAUAUAGCAGAGUGUCCCCGGUGCAAUUCACCAUCAUUCUUGGAUGAGUACUUCAAAAAUACUUAAAUAUUAUCUAUAUUUGUCCUAUACUGAUUUUAGUAGUCUAUCAUAAGAGGUAACAUACUAAAUAAACUAGCUUUUAUUGUGACUAAUGUAAGAAGAAUGUUACAGGUGUUUAUUCAUAACAUUCAAUGUGUUGUUUUAUGUUAGAAGAAAGUUGAUAAUUUUGUUUAAGAAGUUUUAUUUUUGUUACUUUUAUGGGAUAUCAAAAUGGAAAAUAGUUAAGCCAAUUUUCUCAUUUACAUAACAGAUAGUGAUAGUUGUCACUGAUUAGUUACAAAACAAUACAGUUUUUUGAGAAAAACUUAACUUGUUUGUAGCUAAUGUGCAACCUUGGGUGUUGGUAGAAGAAAAUUGAAUUUUGUUCCCGUUUUGAAAUAUUCCCUCAUGUGCCAUACAAAAUUUUGUGAAUGAGAAAGAAUAAAUGACUAUAAAAAUAAUAUUUUGAUAUUA